GUGGGGAUACAAAACUUAUAUAGACAUCAUCUGUUUGGCUCAGCAGCACAUUGUGUACAUCUGUUAUAAGAUUUCCUUCACUCGGUACACGACGAGAAUCAGAUGGUUAUCGGAUCACGAUACAGAACCCUGUACGAGAAUCAUUAAAAAUAGACUCGAUUCUUGUCCCUAGGAGGAGUGACGUCUCUAAAAGCAUAUAACACAGUCUGCUUAUAAGCUCCGCUUUCGGUGCGGUGAACGCGAGAUACGCGCAGCAUCUUGCCGGAAAUUAUCUUAUCUUCUCAACGGAUAUUUCAAAUGUAAAAUCAGUAUACGCUCAGUGUUUAUUUGAUUGAAGCGAGUGUGGUGUCGUGUCUCUUUCGGUCCAGAAUACAUCGCUGUCGCGCGAAGCACGAUACAAAGUUUCACGAUGCCGAGCUUACUUGGAAAAAGGAACGGAAUAUUUUCCAUUUCGCGCAAAAGAUUGUACAUUCACGUUUUUUUCGUGUCGAUCAUUUGCUGGUUUUUCUUCUUUCACAAGCGCAAUUACAAUUUGACGCACGAGGGUAUCGUGCACAAUGCGGAGCCCGAACAGGUUUGGGAAUUCGUGGCAGAUUUCAGCAAUAUGAUGAAAUUAAAUCCCACUAUCGAGGAGUUCAACAUUCUGAAGGAAUCGGGCAACUACGAGCACUGGAAGUACUGGGUCGAGUACACGGAACACUUGAGCGCCACUACGUGGAUAAAGAAUCACGCCGUCGGGCAGUACUCGAUCAAGCGCAGUGGUCACGGAUUCGUGAUCGAGUCCAAGCACAACACCUGCUUCAUGUUCGGAAUGAACUGCUUCUACACCGAGGCCGAAUUCUUCUUCGAGCGCAGCGGCGACCACGACACCAGAUGCAUCGAGACCAUUCAUUACCAGUGCCCGCUCGGGUUCAUCGGCAUGUGCGAGGGCGAGGUCAAAGCCCAACGAAAAUUGAUAAUGGGCAAUUUGAGACAGCACUUCUCCACCUUGCAUACGAAUAAACAUAAUAAAAAAGUCUAA